CUGGUUGAGUUGAGGCACCUGUGCGUGAAGCCAAACUGUGGAAGGGGUUCUACUCUCUGGACAUGGAUUUGACACCUUUGUCCAGCCGCAGCAUCGGAUUCCCCGGCAUGUGAUCGCUGUAGCCCCGCACCCCAACCCCACAAGUAGCCUGUCAGCUGAUCCGUCACGUGUCUCUAUGGCCCCGCCCUCCCUCAAAAUGGAGUUGUCGGAUUCCGUGCAGAGAGGGCUCCGGUCUCUCGGCGACGAGUCCGUCGUGGACCACGCCACCUUCCCGGCUCUGGUCGACGUCUGCUUCCGCUCUCUGCUGUCUGCCGGUCGAGACGCGGGGUUGCUGGAGGAGCCCGAACUGAAGCAGGUUGAGGGGGUCCUGCUGAAACGGAUACACGCCGCGACCACCACAUUCAUCCUGGAGGCGGUCAGGCAAAAUGCAGAUGAGUCCACGAUCAGCUCCUGCCUCGAGGAUCUGUCGUUCAGUUCGGAAAGAAUCGAAAUCCUCUAUAGCUGCUAUCAGAAGCACAAAAAGGAGUUAGAACGAUUGUUGGCAAGCAUUGGAAAGCAACCAGCUCACAUUACUGACGUGUCAUGGCGCCUCCAAUAUCAUGUCAAGAAUGGAGUGGUCGACAAGGUCAACGAGCCUUUCUACUUAAUAUCGCUCAACACGGAGAAUAAAGGUAGUCCCGAGGAUAUUACCUUCACCUGCACCAUGGAGCAGUUACAGGACAUGGUUGGCAAGCUGAAGGACGCAGCCAAGAGCGCAGAGAAAGCCAGUCAGAUGUGAUGAUGACGAUGAUGAUGUUUUCCAGCACUUCAUCUGCAUGUUUUUAGCCUCGUUGUGUUUUGAAAAAAUAAAAGUCAUAAUUCUUC